AGUAUUUUUGAGCCUUCACUUGCACAACAAGUGUCUCCUACUGCUCCCUAUAACUCAACUCCCCACUUUUCAAUUCCUCUCUCUCCACUUGCUUAAGAGGUGGUGAAAACGAAAACCCAAGACACCAACAACCAACAACUCAACCCCAAAAAGAAGAAGUAGUAGAAGAAGAAGAAGAAGAAACAUGUCUUCCCCAAGCAAGCGGCGAGAGAUGGACUUAAUGAAACUGAUGAUGAGUGAUUACAAGGUGGAGAUGAUUAAUGAUGGAAUGCAGGAGUUUUAUGUUUAUUUCGAUGGACCCAAUGAAAGUCCUUAUCAUGGUGGUGUAUGGAAAGUAAGAGUUGAGCUACCUGAUGCUUAUCCUUAUAAAUCUCCUUCUAUAGGAUUUGUCAAUAAGAUCUAUCACCCAAAUGUUGAUGAGAUGUCAGGGUCGGUUUGUCUGGAUGUUAUCAACCAAACCUGGAGCCCCAUGUUUGAUCUUGUCAAUGUGUUUGAAGUGUUCCUACCACAGCUUCUUCUGUAUCCCAAUCCAUCAGACCCUUUAAAUGGAGAAGCUGCCGCUUUACUGAUGCGAGAUCGAGCUAGUUAUGAACAAAGGGUUAAGGAGUACUGUGAGAAGUAUGCUAAAGCUGAAGAUGUAGGAGCUGCACCAGAAGAGAAAUCAAGUGAUGAUGAGGAAAUGAGUGAAGAUGAAUAUGAUUCAAGUGAUGAACAGGUUGCUGGUAAAGCAGAUCCUUAGCUGCUUCAUCUGAUGCCCUGAAUCCUGAUAUUAACUUUAUAUAUUUUAUCUGUAUAUGAUGUUCUAGUCCUGUUAAUUCAACCUCACUGCAAUGUAAUGAACUUGGAAUUGUGGUCAAAGGGGGAAAUCCCCCUUAUUGUUGUUCAGUUUCAUGUCAAUGUAAAUAAUGUACCAUUGAUUUCCUGAUGCAAUCUUAGUUUCUUGUUGUGGCUCUUUCAAA